GCCACCGCCGCCGCCUCGGACGCCGAAGUGACUCACCUUGAUCUGCCCCGCCACUUGCGAUGGCUCGGUCUGCUGUGUGUUCUCGGCCAUGAUGAAUAAUGUGAGUGAGUAUGCAAUGCUGAGGGCGCUUGCGUACAUCCUCCACGGACAGGCGUCGCGAAGGCUUCCCGCACCUCAGCCAUGACGUCAUGAACCGAAUCGGUCUCGUCCACCUCCGUCCCGUCGUCGGUGGUCGAUCUCAUUGUUCGGUUACGACCAAGUCGUCCCCGACCCAGCUGACAAACGGCGAAGCUUCCUAUUAGACGUGGCUGGUCACCAAGCAUUCCGCAUUCCCACUCUCUCCUCACUCAUAAGGCUGACCUGUCACGGUUCUGACAAACACAACUACCCCGCCCCCCCACGUAUGCUGCCCUCGGCUCGCCGCCAACUCGCAUCAAUGAUCACUCACAGCAAGGACGGCAAGGCUCACUUCGUGCCUCCCAAGCGCGCAGACCUCAAGGUAAAGGCGCCGCUGCAGCGCCCACCUGCGCUGGCGUCCAAUUUCCCAUCCUCGCAGGCCAAGCCUUCCCCAUACUUUAUUUUCACCGGCGUGACCCCGCAGAGCACCGAGUCAGUGCGCCGCGUGCUCACCGAGAACGACCAUGCCUAUGACAUGUGGGAGAAGAAGCGGCGCUAUGCGCACAACCACUUCGCGCACUCGGCGCUGACGCGGUACGCGCUCGGCGCGCCGCCCGCGCUCCUCCAAGCCGACUGGGAGUAUGACCGCGGAUACAUUGCGCUGCUUGACCCGCGCGAGGAUGGUCGUGAGAACGAUCUACAGGGCAUGCCGGACAAGAUUACGCGCGACAACUGGCGCGACAAGGCCGUGUUCGGGAAGCGAGGCGCGCACUCGCUCUACCUCCCCUUCUUCCACGGCGAAGUUCAGCGCCUGGGCAUCGACGGCGCGCUGCGCGAGUAUCUCUUCUCUCCCGCCGCCAACGCCGAUGGUCCCAGCAUGCUAUGUGCGCUGCUCGCUGGCGUCGUGCACCCCUUCAUUCACAUCGGCUUGGGCCUCGAGUUCGACGACCCCCUAGUCGUCGCGGAGGGACUCGCGCAGGCGUGCCAGCACGACCCGUCCAUCUCGCGCGCCCUGUACCCGGCGGACUGGCCCAAGACACAGCUGAAGAAUACUAGUGGCAAGCCUAACAAGUCGUUGCUCGGACUCUAUGUCGAGUACCUCGCAAACCCCGUCCUCGAUGUAGGGCCCUACGACACAACGAUCCUGAUCAACGACCGCCUUCGCCAGGCUGUCACGCCCGAGCGCACCCCUGUCCUUCACGACCUCGUAGCGCGGUGGGAUACCUCCGACCUGUCAGAGAAGGGUCUCGCCGCUCGCCUCGAGGAAGUGGCGUGGGUCGCCACGCUGCUGUGCGGCGCAACCAGCCGGCCGGGAUACAAGACGCGUAUCGAUUUCUUCUUGAUGCACCUCCUCACGUCGUCGUUGUUCCUGCCCGCCUAUAUGCGUCGUCUGGACGACAAGGAGCGGCGCAUCAUCCUCCAGUCGUACGCGCUCACGCUCUUCCACAUCUGCUCGACGCGUGGUCGACCAGCGCUCUUCCCGCAGGUUGCGAUGGGGUAUCCCGUGGACGCAGCGGGACCCCUUCCGCGCGCGGGAGAAGGUGCGGCGGAGCACAAGCUCCCGAUGAUCGGCGAUGGAAGCGCUGCGGAGGAUAACCCGUGGUUCGGGAUCGUGGAGAACGCCCUUGUGGCAUACGACUCGCACGUGCCCAAGUCGAUCCGCUCGCUGCUGCACUACUCGCAGCUGUACGGGUGGCGGCCGGCCGGCACCGUCCCGGGCGCGUUUAACGCGGACGGCUCGGAAAUCGUGCCCGGCAUCAGUGCGGUGGACGGGACGGUGUUCGUGCGCAUCGCGGGCGAGAUAAUGAAGUACACGGGCUGGGUGAAGGAGUCGGCCAGGGGCGGGGACGGCAACGACAACGAGUGGGACCGCUCCGCGCUCGGAUGGGACGGCGCGUGGGAGGACGAGACGCCGCAGAAGGUGUGAGCGGGUGUGCGCCGCUGAUGGUAGGCUAGGAUGUGAUGCAGACGUGAGGC